UAACUUCAAUAGUUCUCUUUACUGACUUCGAUCUUCUCUUUACUUUGUCAGUUUGGCGAUGUAAUUAAGUCAAACAAACUAUCUGAGAGACGUUGAACGUAGUAAUGGUUCUCCUAUCAUGCACAUAUCUAUACAGAAAACAAAGCACUGGAAAAUAAUAAGCAGACGUUUCAGUUGACUCCUCUAUUAUGUUGCUAUAAGUAAUUAAUACUUAUCAAUAUUUUUGCGUUCGACGAGUUUUCUGGACUAACAUGUAUCAGUAGCUUUCAAACCGAAAAAAGAUUUUAAAAAGCAAUAUGAUUGUAAAUGGAUUGAUGGCUCGAAACUUUUUCCGUGUGUUUUUAAUGCUUUUAGUCUGGUGUGGUAUUUUAACAACAUUGAAUAUACUACUAAUGUUUCGAGGUGAACAAGGUGUGAAGGAGUAUUUAACGUGGUAUCACAAUCAUUCUAAAUUCACCAAACACGACUCCUAUCUCGUAUUGAAUUAUCAACAUCAUACAACAGAGACAGAUAUUACAAAGAGGUCUUGGAAAGAUGGUUACCAUUUCCCAAAAGAUCUUUGCGAUGCAGAAAGUCUUAAUGAAACUAAAAUGGAUGCCGUUUUUAAGAACAGUAUAAUGCCUCUAUUCAGCAAGCAACUUGCUUAUUGUAGAGUUUAUAAGGGAGGAUCAACAUUUUGGAAGCGCCUUCUCGCCUAUUUACAAAGAAACAUUAAAUUAUCCCCAUUUCGUAUAAAACCACAGGAUGAACAGAGCAAAUAUCGUGUUUCGUGUGCAAAGCAUAGUUUGAAUGGAACGUAUAACAUAUUAACAGAAACCAGAAGUUUCAUGUUCACUAGAAAUCCUUAUUCACGAAUUUUGUCAGCGUACAUUGAUAAAUUAUAUUCACCUAAUCCGUAUUUUUGGAAAACACUAGGUGUCAUAAUUAUGAAAACAGUUGGUAAAAACCCCUCGUGUGGUAGUGCUGUUACUUUCAGAGACCUUGUGGAAUACAUCAUUCAAACCCCAAUAGAAAAAUUAGACGAUCAUUUUAUACCCAUCCAUUCCAUCUGUAGACCAUGUCAAGUCAAUUAUCAUUAUAUUGGCAAAAUGGAAAAUUUUCUAAAUGAUACAGUCAAUAUUUUUGCUAAAUUUCAAAUAAACUCAAGCCCUUACAUUACACAAAAUUUUAGCGAUGAGUAUAAAUAUGAUGCCAUUUAUGAUACAGUUCAAGCUUUUAUUGCUUUUCGACACGAGUCUAAAAAAUGCAUGAAUCCGUAUACUGGUUUGCAACGAAUUUGGAGGAAGCUACAGUAUAGGGGGAUAAUUUCUGAGAAUAAAUCUAUCCCCUUAAAUAAGAAAGAAUCGCAACACAUAUUGUUAUCAAAAUUACUAACUAUUAUUUCGACCACACACCAAAUAUCCAAAAAGGACAAUCUUUCAGUACAAAGACGGAAACUUUUUAUACAAGCGUAUAACACUAUUCCUCUUACUUUAAUGUACAAGUUGCAGAAUGUGUAUCAUAAUGACUUCAAAUUAUUUGGAUAUGAUCCUUUUCCAAAAUCGUUAUUCGGAAAUAGAUCCAACAUAAUGACUGAUGUGUUUCUAGUAUAAUACCGAAAGUGCUCGGUUACUUUUCGGUUUAAAACUUUACUUUAGACUGCAAACCAUGAUCUUUUUAUAAAAGUUGAUUACAUGUUAAGUUCAACGAAUACAAUGUAUUUGAUAAUGUAAUGCUUCAUUACCGCACAAAUAUACGUCUGGGUAAAAAAGUUUAGCAACAUCUAUUAGAUUUUAAAUUGAAUCUAAAGUUGAGGAAAUAAAUAUAUUAUGUUGAAUGAAUAUUAUACCUUAUGGUUUAUUUUCGUUGUUACAAUAUUUAUCAAUUAUUAUUUUAAAAAGUAAAUUUUGUUAUUCAAACAUAGAAUCAAAAAUUUGUGUUGCUAAACAUUAUUUACUCAGUAUAUAAAGUGCGGAUGCAUUUGUCGAUUAAAAAUUACUGGUAUCCAGCAAAGUGUCCCAGUUCAAUCUUAAUUUUGAAUAUGGAUUAAAGUAUAUACAAAAGUUUCUGUAAAUUGA